AUGCAAUUCGAGGAAACAAAAGAUGGCAAAACCAAACAAACGUCGCUCAAUUUUACCAAUAUUCGAUCGUUGGUGAGAGAAGUGAUUUUCCGAAUGUUGAAUGCAUCGUCAACUACGACCAUGUCACAGCGUCCAUCUUCCGAACAAAUACGAUCAUCCUCCAUUUCGGUGGAACCACUAUCAUCAUCAUCAUCAUUAACCAUUUCCAAUCAAGACAAAGCUCUCAUUGAGCAAUUAUUUGGUCCCUCAAAAAUUCAAAACAACACUCACCGACUACAAUUGAAGAAAGAACAAUUGGAAAAAGAAUUAGAAAAGAAUCGACACGAAUUGCUGGCGAAAGGUAAAAGAAAUUUUAAUAUUGUGGAGUUGCAUCGGAAACAUGGUGGUUCGAGUGUUGUGUUUUCUGGGCCAAGAAAUCAACAUCCCAUUCUGAUGAAUGGUGGAAGUAUUGAAAUGCACACCUUGUCUGCUUGUUCAGUGUCGUCUUGUUCGGAACUCCAACACGAUCUGUUGGCAGCAUGCUGUACAAUUAAUAUUGCAAGUAAUUCUCUGGGAUUUGGUAAAAACAUUGUAUUUGAAGUAAUUGUUAGAAUUUUGACAUUUCUCAUUAGCCUUCUGUUACACUCUCGAUAA